GAGGGGAGAGAGUUCAUCUUCGCUUUGUCUUGGUCCAUAAUAUAUUUUAAUCGUCGUCAUAUUCUACCGUUUGGUUCUCGAGAUAACCAGAAAGAAAAUCAACGAAAAAGAGAAAAAAAAAUUGAAACUUUUGUUUUCCUCUCUCCUAUUGUUUAUUCCCAUUCAUACAAAGAACAAAUUUCUAUUAGGAGUAGAGAUGCAAGCCGUGGUGCUGAAUUCGCGACCGUACUGCAGAGCCCAACAAACCCUUCAACCUCCAUCGGUCUCCAAGAACUGGAGUUCCUUAGGAAGCACUCAUGCUUCUUUUAGAAGAGGGCAUUUUCCAGUACGGCGUUGUUUCAUUCGGAUUCGUUUGCCUUCCGCUUCGCGAGGGUUAGUUGUAAAGGCUGUUGCUACUCCAAAUCCAGCGCUGGAGUUGCCACUAACUGCGGAGAACGUCGAAAGUGUAUUAGAUGAAAUCCGACCGUAUCUAAUUGCAGAUGGUGGGAAUGUAGCUUUACAUGAAAUUGAUGGAAAUGUGGUGCGUUUGAAGCUACAAGGAGCAUGUGGUUCUUGUCCAAGUUCUGUUGUGACUAUGAAAAUGGGCAUUGAGCGUCGCUUAAUGGAAAAUAUUCCUGAAAUAGUUGCAGUGGAACCAAUUGCAGAUGAAGAAAUGGGAUUGGAGUUGAAUGAAGAAAAUAUAGAGAAGGUACUUGAAGAAAUAAGGCCUUAUCUAGUUGGGGCAGCUGGUGGGUCUCUUGAGCUUGUGGCAAUUGAAGAGCCAAUAGUAAAAGUUCGGAUCACGGGUCCGGCAGCAGGGGUCAUGACUGUAAGGGUUGCUGUCACUCAGAAAUUGAGGGAAAAAAUUCCGGCCAUUGCCGCUGUUCAGCUUCUAUCUUAGAUCUUCUCACCUGGUAUUUGUCCCCAUUUUUUGUCAAAAGUCCUUCAGAUAAAAUAAAGUAUGUAUAAGCGCUUUACCGAUAAAUGUAUUCAAAUAUGUACAGUUUCGUGUUUAGAUGCAGUGUUGUUACUUGAUAAUAUUUAUUAUAUGGGGGCUUUUACGAGCUCUUCACCGCUUUUUGCAUGGAUUUUGAAGGGCCAUAGUAAUUUUCUGUU